GGACUAAGGAUGGCGGCGGCGGCGGCCCGCCUGGGCUGGGGAGUUGCGGCCGGUGCCGCAGGGUUGCGCAGGCGAUUCUAUUAUAUGAUGAAUCCAUACACCAUUAAGAAACAGCCUCUGCAUCAGUUUGUACAAAGACCGCUUUUCCCACUACCUGCAGCCCUAUGUAACACAGUGAGACACAUGUUUAUUCAAACACAAGAUACCCCAAAUCCCAACAGUUUAAAGUUUAUUCCAGGAAAACCAGUUCUUGAGACAAGGACCAUGGAUUUUCCCACACCAGCUGCAGCAUUUCGCUCCCCUCUGGCUAAGCAGUUAUUUAGGAUUGAAGGAGUGAAAAGUGUCUUCUUUGGACCAGAUUUCAUCACUGUCACAAAGGAAAGUGAAGAGUUAGACUGGAAUUUACUGAAACCAGAUAUUUAUGCAACAAUUAUGGAUUUCUUUGCAUCUGGCUUACCCUUAGUUACUGAGGAAACAUCUUCAGGAGAAGCAGGUUCUGAAGAAGAUGAUGAAGUUGUGGCAAUGAUUAAAGAAUUGUUAGAUACAAGAAUACGGCCAACUGUGCAGGAAGAUGGAGGAGAUGUAAUCUAUAAGGGCUUUGAAGAUGGCAUUGUACAGCUGAAACUCCAAGGUUCUUGUACCAGCUGUCCUAGUUCAAUCAUUACUCUGAAAAAUGGAAUUCAGAACAUGCUGCAGUUUUAUAUUCCAGAAGUAGAAGGCGUAGAACAGGUUAUGGACGAUGAAUCAAAUGAAAAAGAAGCAGACUCACCUUAAAAUAAUUUGAGUUUUCUUUGGCCCAGCAAUCGGACUUGUUGAUACCAUAUACCAAGCUUUUAUUUUUAAUCUGCUAAGAAACUUACAGAUUAAUAAAAUAGGCCCUUUCUUCAGA